GAUUUCUAGCUGUUAGCUUGCUGUCUGGGUUAUGAAUGAGUAAUAUCAUUCUAGCAAUGUAAGCCUGAGCGCAAUGUGAUCUGAACCUGAUUUGAGUUUAGUUUCAUCUCAAAUUUGUGGAUGUAAUUGUAACAGACCGGCACUUUUGAAGGCAGAGCCUCAGUAAACGCAUCUUCGUUUCCUUUACAAACCUAAAAUGCCGUUUGUGUGCAAUCGUGUUCAGCAGCUUCAACCUGGAGCAAAAAAAGAGAAAAAUAAGCAAAGUUGGGUUUUGCCAGGUUGUGUCAAAAUCUUGUGUUUCCUGUAUUUCAACAACUCCCCGCCACCCCACGUGGUUCCAAACCUAUUUGAGUUUCUUCUGUUAGACACCUAAGGACAUGCAGAACAUCUGUGGCAUGCAAUACAUCUUUAUGAACGGUCAUACCUGUGUUUUUGUUUUAAGGAUGUGUUUAUUGUUAACAUGUUGUGUUAUGCAUUUUAACAUGUAUGUGUUGUUUCGUGUCGAUUUGCAGUUAAGUAAAUUCAAGAAAGUAACACAGAGAUGUGUCUAGUUAAGGAUGCAUUUUGUGUGUUGUCCUAGAACAGAUUUAACAAAUGUUUUUAAAUGGGUUAGUGCACCCUGGGCAGAAACUGACAGCUUCUCUUCAGUCAUCAUUCAUUUGCAUUAUGAUUAAACAAUGAGAUUAAAGACAAAGGUGACGGAGGCUGUCAGUAAGCUUUCUCACGUAAGAAAUUAUAUCGACAAGUAAACCAACAAACAAACUGAAAUCUUUGGACGAACGAUCCCUUUAAGUAAUUGAAUGUAGUCUUUCUAUACCACCCGCUUCUGUGCCAUUCUAAAACAAGUACAACUCUUAAAACUGCAUAAGAACAUUUAAUGCAUUUGAAUGUGUGUUUGGCUGUUUGUUUGUGACAAAACUGCAUCCGUUUAAACGCAGUGGGAAAGGAAGCCAGUGGUGUGAACUUCUCUGUUCACUUGCACUUUGUACUUCACCACAGAUUUUCCACACAGGGGUUUUUGUAAGUGACAUUAUAAACGGAUGUAAAACUUCAAUCUGUGUCAAACAGGUGAAGCCUUGAACAUCAGAGACCUCGGUGUGAUCAGACCUCAAACUAGACCAGACGGAGGAAGAAAGGAUGACGGACACGGAGAGCCACAACCCAGCAUCAGAGAUUUACCCCAGCUGUGGAGCGGCCGGACCCGUGUACCCUCCUCCUCCUCCAUACAUGCCCCCCCCUUAUCCUACGGGUCCUGCCAUGUACCCUCAACCCAUUCCCGCACAAGUUGGCUUUCUUGUACCCGACGUCCCGCCGGAGGAGGCAGGCUUCAAGAAAGAAGAAGACCCGAAUUCAGUCGUGACAGAUGCAUCUUAUCCAGAUCAAGAAGGUGAAAUCCUCGUGUCAGGAUUUGAGGACGACACCAUUCGCAAAGCGUUUAUCAGAAAGGUGUUCAGCGUGGUAACAAUUCAGUUACUCGUCACCUUCACUGUGGUGUGUGUGUUCACCUUCUCGAGCACAGUCAAGACGGCGGUUCAGAGGAACUUCUGGGUGUACUUGAGUUCCUACAUCGUGUUUGCAGUGGUGGCCAUGUGUAUUAGCUUGUUCUCCACGUGUAGCCGCAGUCAUCCCUGGAAUCUGAUGGGACUGUCAAUGGUCACCCUGAGUCUGUCUUACAUGGUGGGGACUGUGGCUUCAUAUCACGACACAGCUGCGGUGGUCAUUGCUUUAGGAUCAACUCUGGUCAUCUCGUUCACCAUCAUCAUUUUCUCUGCCCAGACGCGUCUGGACUUCACCGUGUGUAACGGCAUUCUGCUCAUCCUGUCUGUCGACUUACUCCUGUUUGGAUUCUUCAGCAUCUUUUUUUACUCCAAGGUCGUGCAGAUUGUUUACGGAUGCCUAGGAGCUCUUCUGUAUGCCAUGUUUCUGGCGGUGGACUGUCAGCUGGUGAUGGGCAGGCAAAAAUACAAUCUGAACCCUGAAGAAUACGUGUUCGCUGCUUUAAUCAUCUACCUGGAUAUCAUUAUGAUAUUCCUCUACAUACUUAUGAUUAUAGGUGGAAGCUCAAAGAACUAGACUUUGUUUAUACAGGUCUGUGUUCACAUGUAUUUGACACAUGAACAUUUAAACAAACACACACUCAAUAGCACUCGUCGUCUGCACACAAUACAUCUCAUUUAUGAAACGAAUAAAAGGUCUGGUGCUCACUGAAUGUGCUACGGCCCACCAUCUGCAGUACUUCAUAUCAUACACGUCUGCUGGCUACUGAUGGACAAGCACAGACUUUGACUGACCACCAGGGGGCGUGUCACAGACACUUUGCCGUCCUCCACUCCUAAAUGGCAAAGCAGCAGAAUCCAGGUUUAAGACUCAUCUCUUUUAACAUUUUAUUUUGUUGUCUGGCUGUUUGGUUUCCUUGUUUUUGUAUUAUGAAUAGUAAUUUGAUAUUCCUCCGCUUUUGAUUUUCUAGCAGAUAUUAAUGAUCUGAAUGACAUGCUGUCUCUUUAUCACAAUGGUGUUCAUUCUGUUUUAAAAUGUAAGUGACAAAGACAAAUGAAUGAUGUUGAUCAUGAAAACCUCAAACUCGUGUACUACCCUGCAAUGUGACUGCUCUUUUUUGUGCUUGUAUUAAAUCAAUAAAUAAUUCUGUUUUGUUUAUUUCCUUGACAUUCAUAUAUUAGUUUGGGAUGAGUAUAAAAACAAGAAGUCUAUAUCAGAUUCGUUUUUCCAUUCAGUUGCUCUUGAAAAGGUUUACCAGGUUGUCAGUUAAAUGGGUCGUAAUGACAUAAUGACAAGCUAAGGAACAUUGUGUUGCCAAAAUUUGUGGAAUGGAAAUAUAAAGAAGAAUAGUUAAAUACUGCAUUAAAACUGGUGCCAAAAGUUGAGAAACAUUUAUGAAUCUGAAAAUAUCUAGAGAUCUUAUUUUGUGUACUAAUACUAACAAUGAAAAUUAUGAUUAUUGUAUCAUUUUUUUAUGUUGUUCUGUUGAACACAAAAUAAGAUCUAUUGAAGAAUUUAGGGAAGCAAACAGUUGCCUUUCUCAGGGCAUCUCUGACCACUUUAAUAUUUCCUACUAUGGUAGUCAUUGAUGUCCCAGAAAUCUCAGUUGCUGACAUUUUUCCAAAUAUCUUUCGUUGUGUUCUACAGAACAAAGAAAUGUAUACAGAUUUGGAACAAAUGACAGAAUUCUUAUUUUUGGGUGGAGUAUCGCUUUACAUCCUGCCACUAAAACAAAUCCCACAAAAUACUAUUUUGUAAUUUAUAAGAAAGUAAAUGUGUUUUUCAUAAUUCGGUGUCCAUGUAAUAAAAGUUAUG